AUGGGAUUCAAGGCGAUCUACUCUGACAACAGCAUCUAUGUCUACACCAAGGAUCAGGUCAAGGUCAUUCUGCCUGUCUUUGUGGAUGACUGCACUUUUGCAUCGAAUUCCUUGUCCCUGCUCGAUGAUCUUGUCGUUGAGCUCUCUAGGUCGUUCAAGCUUCGCGAUUUGGGGCCCACUACCGCUCUUCUUGGGAUAGAGAUUGCCAGGGAUCGCCCUAAUCGUCGCCUGAUGCUCUCCCAGCGCCAGUACAUUCUAGACAUGCUGGAGCGUUAUGGACAGGCCGACUCGACCCCUGUGAAGACCCCCAUGGUCCCUGGCACCAAUCUCUCUGUCUCCAUGGCUCCUGUAUCGACUGAGGACAAGGAGUAUAUG